CACAGAAAGCUAAACCUGGAACCAGGAAAUCCACAAGCCUCUUGAAGUAGAAAACAGCUGGGCUCCCUUCGGAGACAGAGUGCCAUGGGAAACAGGCUCUGCUGUGGAGGAGGCUGGAGCUGCCCAUCAACUUUGCCGAACAAAAAGAAAACAGGGAGCCAAGAAAAAUGGACAUUGAGGAUGCACCAGGAACAGCUGCAGCAGAAUGGCACACAGGGCCGUAAAAUAACACGACGGACGUAUAAGCAGGUGUCAUGGCAUGAAACACGCGAGAGGAGUCAAAGCAUCCCGGUGGAGGACAGCAGCUUACAUUACGCAGACAUUCAACUGUGCAGCCGCACCCAGCCACGGCCUGCCCAUGAGGUGAAACAUCUGGAAAAUACUACAGAAUAUGCAACCCUUCGCUUCCCCCAGGGCACACCUCGCUAUGACAGCAAGAAUGGAACCCUAGUAUGACCUUUGGGGACGUGGGGCCAGUCCUUCCUUUACUGCUAGUCCUGUGCGGGGAGUCCACUGCUUGGGGAAUUGAGUGGCAGUCAGGGAUAUGGGACAUUUUUUAAAACUAAAGAACUCCAGAGCCCCUGGAAUUGUUUCCAAUCUCUCCCCGAGGCUUCUUAUUUGCCACCAUUGGCUAGGAGUUGUAGUUGGGUUAGCUAUGGAAGGAUAAAGUUCCUCAAAAUGAGGAGGUUAGGUCAAGGGUGCAAGGAGGUGGGUCUUUAACCCCAUCGUUGCUCCUGCUCUUUAUAGAAGGUCAAAAAGAACUAGUUACCUUAUAGGUGUGUGGGCUGAUCGUGUUGGACUUUAUUUAAUAGUAUCCCUUUUACACACCUUAAACUCAAAUGCUGAACAGGAGUUGCUCUGGAAAAGCAUUCUGAGCUCUUGCACACAGCCCCCAGGGAUGGUUUGGGCACUUUCCUCUGUGGCUGCCUGGGUCGAGGGGUGCAGACAAAUGCCUCAGAGCCUGA